CCGUACACUAUCCCUCGACGGUGUGCAAGCAAUACAUGCAUUCAUAAUGAAGAUUCACCCAACUAAUUCUGUAGACCGACAUUUGGCGUCGGGUGACUCGGGUCAGACUUCUGCCGUGUCAAAUACCAGCAUCUAUGCUCCUCCCGGAAAACACCUAUCUGUCUUGAAUACAUACCUUUUCUGGUGGGCUUCAAACGGAAAGAAGUCCUAUAAGAACCUUUUGCAUACGAACGGAGACGUGUCUCGAUACCUAGAGAAGAGGAUAAGCUGAUUUUCACGAGAGGGAGUUUAAAGUCCAGUUGGUAGACAAUCGUGCAUGGUAAGCAGCUCUGAAGCCAAAACCUACAGAAAUCACAAGUUAACCAGUUCUGCUCGAGAAUCAUAGAGUGCAGUAACGAGAUGCAAAGUGUGAUAUUCAGAGCAGAGGGAGAGAGCGCGCAAUCCACUCUCUCCCUUGCACGCGUACAGUGGCUUGGCCCAAAAGCGCCUUCGUCUGUACACAAAGCGAACAAGCAAGGAGGAAUUACUCGAGCCUAAAUACCGCAGCUCCCGUAUGACCCGAAGGCUGUCAAUACCUGCGACAUCACCUCGCUACCCCUCUUUUUCCCUCUCCCGCUCGGCGCGUACGCGCACACGGUCCUUGCAGCUCCAAGCCUCACCGAGUUCCACCCUUCUCAUCCUUCUUGUUAGAAAUAGAUCUCGAGGAGGACGUAGGAGCGCCGUGGAAAGGUGGAGUGUAUGGGAGUCUACAUCUACGCCGCCAAUGCUGCUUGGCUGGGGGGAAAGACUAGUGGUUAAGGGCGGUGCUAGAGUUGGAGACACUGUCAUUGGGAACGAAAAAGUUGUCGUUCACAUUUCCAGCGCACUACGCACUACACAUAGUAUAAAAGUUAAGGGCAUGUGGAUAUAG